GCAGAUGGCCCAGGGAGAGCCAGCAGGGGAUGCAGCACAAAGCAGCCAGGGCCGCAACCACUCCCUGCUCUGGCUGCUCCCAGCCGGACUCCCCCUCCGCCCUGCGCGCCCCCGCCGCCGCCGCCGCAGUCCGCGGCCGCCACAGCGCCUGCAGGUCCGCUCUGCGCGCAUCCAUCGGAGUUGAUUCCCGGGAGCGAGCGAGCGGGGCUGGGGGAGUCCGCUCCGCGCAGCGGCAGACCGGCCCCUCGCUGCCAGGUGGAUCCAGCCCGCAGGGUGACAGAGAGCGGCGGGGCAGAGCAGCCGGUGGCCGGAGGCAGAGCUUGCAGGCAGCAUGGCGGGGCUGCGCCUCAGGCGGGGCUCCGGGCUCAGGCUGCUGGCGCUGUCCGCGCUCGGAUGCUGCCUGAUGCUGCAAGUCACUGCCAAGAGGCCUCCCAAAGCGCCCCCCUGCCCACCCAGCUGCUCUUGCACCAGGGACACGGCCUUCUGCGUGGACUCUAAGGCAGUGCCCAGGAACCUGCCGGCCGAGGUCAUCUCUCUGACGCUGGUGAACGCUGCCUUCUCGGAGAUCCAGGACGGAGCAUUUUCCCACCUGCCGCUGCUGCAGUUCCUGUUACUCAAUUCCAACAAGUUUACACUGAUCGGAGACAACGCCUUCACAGGACUGUCGCACCUGCAGUACCUCUUCAUUGAGAACAACGACAUCUGGGCACUAUCCAAGUUUACUUUCCGAGGACUCAAGUCUUUAACACACCUCUCAUUGGCCAACAAUAACCUGCAGACGCUGCCUAGAGACAUCUUCCGGCCCCUGGACAUCCUGAGCGACUUGGACCUGCGGGGCAACUCGCUCAACUGCGACUGCAAGGUGAAGUGGCUGGUGGAGUGGCUGGCGCACACCAACACCACGGUAGCCCCCAUCUACUGCGCCAGCCCGCCCCGCUUCCAGGAGCACAAGGUGCAGGAUUUGCCCCUGCGGGAGUUCGACUGCGUCACCACAGACUUCGUGCUGUACCAGACCCUGUCCUUCCCAGCAGUGUCAGCUGAGCCCUUCUUUUACUCCAGCGACCUCUACGUGGCCCUGGCCCAGCCCGGGGCCAGCGCUUGCACUGUCCUCAAGUGGGACUAUGUUGAACGGCAGCUUCGAGAUUAUGACAGAAUCCCAGCUCCCUCAGCCGUGCACUGCAAGCCCAUGGUGGUGGACAGCCAGCUGUACGUGGUGGUGGCCCAGCUGUUUGGCGGCUCCUACAUUUACCACUGGGACCCCAACACCACGCGCUUCACCAAGCUGCAGGACAUCGACCCGCAGCGUGUGCGCAAGCCCAACGACCUGGAGGCCUUUCGCAUCGACGGCGACUGGUACUUUGCCGUGGCCGACAGCUCCAAGGCGGGCGCCACCAGCCUCUACCGCUGGCACCAGAACGGCUUCUACUCCCACCAGGCCCUGCAUGCCUGGCACCGCGAUACCGACCUGGAGUUUGUGGACGGUGAGGGCAAGCCCCGGCUGAUCGUGUCCAGCAGCUCCCAGGCGCCAGUCAUCUAUCAGUGGAGUCGCAACCAGAAGCAGUUCGUGGCCCAGGGGGAGGUGACGCAGGUGCCCGAUGCCCAGGCUGUGAAACACUUCCGUGCCGGGCGCGACAGCUACCUGUGCCUCAGCCGCUACAUCGGGGACUCCAAGAUCCUGCGCUGGGAGGGCACCCGCUUCUCGGAGGUGCAGGCCCUGCCCUCCCGCGGCUCCAUGGCCCUGCAGCCCUUCCUCGUCGGUGGCCGCCGCUACCUGGCGCUGGGCAGCGACUUCUCCUUCACCCAGAUCUACCAGUGGGAUGAGGGGCGGGAGAAGUUCGUGCGGUUCCAGGAGCUGGCUGUGCAGGCCCCUCGGGCCUUCUGCUACAUGCUUGCCGGGGACGCCCAGCUGCUCCUGGCCCCCAGCUUCAAGGGACAGACGCUUGUGUACCGACACGUCGUGGUGGAUCUUAGUGCCUAGCGGGGUGCCGAGGCCCCUGGAUUGGGGGCUGAGGAAAGGGAGGGGGGCGGUCUGUGUGAGCAACGUGGGUGCCUGGCUGUGUGGAGACACGUGUAGCUAACCUCCUGCACACACACUCCUGGUGAGCACGGGCACCACACGGACUGGCCCCGGGAGCCGGUCAUCAUCGUCAUUAGCAUGGGGACUUGUAUAUGCACCUGGCAAGCCAGUUACCGGGACCCUCCUGUCUGUGGGCACCUGUGGGUCCCACACCCCAUCGGCAGGCCCCGCUGGAUCUGCUGCCUUCCGCAAGCUCUGGCGUGGGGAGGGGGAGGGAUGCUGGAAGGGAGGGUCUUGGGCUGAUGCGUCUGACCCUCUGGUCUCCCCUGUUGGUGCUCCAGGGGCCUGCUUAACCUGCUCACACCCCACAUUGCAGCCACAGCGACACCCUUUCCACUGCGGGCACACUCCCGCGCCCUCCCCUCCUCCUGCACGUACAUGUGGGGUCUGGCCCACACCCUCAGCCACACGCACACACGCCUGUCCACACCCCUGUCUCCCUGUGCACACAUGCAGAUCCAGCUCUGCCCAAAGGAACCCGGCCCGCCUCCAUUACCUCCUCUCCUCUUGGAGAGGGCACACGACCGCCCUCUGCUCAUCGCUGGUAAGGAUGGGAGGGCCCCAGCUUGACCUCCUGGGGGGCAAAGCCCCUCUGCCCAAAGCAAUAACAACAGCAACCCUAGCAAACCCUGACUCUGGCUCUUUUCUCACUGGGGUUUUCUUCUCUGACCCUGUCCCCACGGAGGGCAGACUUCCCAGACAGAAGCCUUCCUGCUUUUCUUUCCUGUAGCUGCCCCAGCCUCAGACACCCACCCUGCCCCACGUUCAGCCCCUCCUUUGCAGGACGCGGACCCUGAGCUGUGCUGGACCCUUUGUCUAAGACCCAGAGCUGGCCAGGCCAGCGACCCUGCAAGCACUCCAAUCAUCUGGGCAGGUUCCGGGAGUAGAGCCGGGCUGGAGAGCAUCUUGGGGGCUCUGGCCACAGAUGCACACGCCAGGGGCACUGCCUUUCAGGGCAAACUGGGUGGUAGAGGUCUGAGGGCCUGCCCAGUGGUGUGGCACCUGGGAGCCAAGCUUCUGCUGCCCCCUGCUGUGUGCUGGGGAUAGAGCUGUGAGGCAGUGUGCUGGGGAUAGACGGUAGGGGGCGGUGGAGAAAGCACGGGGAGGGGCUGCUGGUGGCAGGAUGCCAGGGCUGGGGGAUACUUGGGGCAAUGCUAGAAUACACUUGCUUUAAAUAAAAAGUUCCCACCCCAUG